AUGGGUCACGGAAUCCAUCAUCGCAUCGUCGUCCGCGCGUACGCGCGCGCGUCCGCGUCCGACGGCGCCGCGCGCGCGUCCAUGGGGGCGUUGACGUUCGAGACGGAGAUCUUACCCGCGUUGAAGUGGUUUUACGCCGAGCGUGGACACACGUGCGUGCCGCGCGCGUACGCGGUUCCGGCGAACGCGCCGAGGGACAUCGCGGGGGUGAAAUUGGGCGCGCGCGUCGACCGCAUGCGCGCGCGCGGGGAUUUCUUACGCGGGCCCGAGGGUGUGGCGCGCAUGCGGGCGCUGGACGACGUCGGCGCGGCGACGGGGGAGCGGUUUCCGUGGGACGCGGAGGAUUUUACAUUUUAUAAACAAAUCGUCCCGUGUUUGCGGCAUCACGUGCGAACGCGCGGACACGCCAACGUGGGGAUCGAUUACGAGACGCCGAGCGUGCGCGACGACGACGACGUCGAUGCGCGGGCGCUGAAGCGGUAUAAUUUGGGAUUUCCGUUGGGGAAGCGCGUGAACGACAUUCGCGCCAAGGGGACGUUCGUCGAGGGACGACCCGAUCGCUUCGAGCGGUUGUCGAGGAUGGAAUUCGUGUGGGACGACGCGGAGUAUCAGUGGGACGUGCGGCUGCGAAUGGCGCUGGAGAUGUUUCGUCGCGUGUACGGACAUCUCAACGUGCCGGCGAAUUUCGUCGUGCCGGAGGACGCCAUGCGAUGUCCCGUCGGAUACUUUGAUCCGGUGAAAACCCCGAGCGUGAUCGCGGGAUUUCCCUUGGGAAAUCACGUGGCGCAAAUCAGGAGCACGCGUUUACGGAACAGAUCCGGGGGUGAGGGAUUGGCUCGGAGCAAAAUUCGUCAGCUCGACCGAUUGGGCUUCGUCUGGGACGUCGCCGCGUGGGAGUUUCAUCGCCGCUUACUCCCGAGCGUCCGUCACGUCAUCGCCGUGCGGAACGAACUGAGCGCCGACGUGAACUAUCGCGUCGACGCGGACGUGGUCAUCGACGCCCGGGCGCCGCUGGCGAUUUUUGAUUAUCCCGUCACGCGCGCGCUCGAGCGCCUCUUGGGCGACGCCGAUCGACGCUGGCCCGUCGAUCGACGCGACGGUCUCCGCGCGCUCACCCGCGCCUUUAUCGACGGCCAACGUGACUUCCGGAAACGCCGAGGCGCGGACGCGCGCUCGAGCGCGCCUCGCGCGUUUCACGACGCGCGCGGAUUUUUCACCCGCGCCCGCGACGCGCUCGCCGCCAAAGUCACCAAUGCGCGCGCGUCACCACCACCCGCGCCCGAAACGGCGCUUACCGACCCCCCGUUGUAA